UCGGCUAUAUGGCAACAGCAUCAACAGGAGAGAUAUGGACUAGAACAAUAAAAUAAGCAACGAUAACAGAAGAACAAUGUCGUUCAUUGAUGGAUUAUUUGGGAAAAGUAAAAAAAGCCAGGAUUUCGACGCCAUCAAGGAGGAAUAUGGAGAGGAGAAACAGGACCAGAAGAAGGACUCUGGUGAUGACGAUGACAGCGUUAGGAAUGAAGAUAUAGAUGACAAUGAUGAUGAUGACUUCGAUGACAUUCUCGGAGACUCCGAUGAGGAAAGAGAACAGGCGUGGCAGCCUGUCAGAGUCCGCCGUGCCAGGCCACCUCAUCCCCUCACAGUCACCCAUGUCAACCAGACCAGGGACCUGCAGCGGAUGGCUGAUGUUCAGGCAAUGGUUAACUCUGAGAAGCAAAAUUCUCAGGAAUGGCUCAAAGUACAUAGUGUGGAUUUCCUGAAACUUACACUGAAGCAGCUGAUUGAUAAAGGAAAAGUCGGGAAGUUGACACCGGAGAAGCAGACAGGGAAGGUGAACCACCACAUACAAUUUGAUGCCUAUGAUGUGAAUGAGUUUGAGUACAAACUUAACAUAGCCAUAGAGGUUUAUACAAAGAGAAUCAAAUGGUUACUUCAGGGCAGCAAAAGGAUGUUUGGACACAUACAAGGGGAACGAGUGGCUGUGUGUCUGGAUGUAUCAAAUGCAAACAUGGGCUUUGGACGGCAGUCAGCAUUCCAAGAGUCACUUAUGCAUUUCCUGGACGAGCAACUGUCACAGAAGCAGAGCCUGUAUCUGCUGGAGUUUGGGACGGACAUUGAACCUCUGUGGCCAGUCAUGAGAGACGUCAAUCGGAGAAUUAUCGAGGAGGCCAAGGAGUGGGUGGAGCGGCUGGAGCCAAGGGGAGGCAGUAACCUGCUCAAGGCCAUGAAGCAUGUCAUGAAUCUGCCCGAUGUCGACACAGUCAUCCUGGUCCUCGGCAGUGUCCCUGACCAGUCGACGGAGAUCCUGUGUGACUACGUCCAGCAGUUGAUCGUCGGCCGUGACAUCCCUCUCCACGCAGUGGCGUACGACUGCAGCAAUGAACUCACCAGCAUUACGCUACGUAGUAUAGCUGCGGCAUCCCAGGGCAAUUACCAUUGCUACACUUCCAGCUGCGAGGAGAAGAUCUACACAGGGACGGACAUCAGCCUGCUGCUGAAGGAGAUACAGAAGGCGCAGGACGUCAUCAACAAGAUCAAGGAGAUGAGACAGGGCAUGAUGGGAAGUGCCCUCAUCAGCAUCAUGAACGAGAUCAGCAAUGAGGUUCAAAAGCUGCCUCAGUCCCGCUUCCUGCCCCGCCCCCCAGGCCAUGAGUUGCCACUGAGACUGGACAUGCCCAAAUUCCAGCCCCGAUCAUCUGUGGACUGGCUCAUCCAACAUGGCCUCAAAGCGAAGCGUCUGGACUUGUACCAGGUGCUGGCUCCCAACGCAUACUCGUACCGUGAGGAGUUCAUCCCGAUCAUAAAGAAGGCUGUGCAAUCACAAGUCCAUGAGAAAGCAAUGGUGCAGUUCACAUGGCAUGAUGGCUCCGUGAAGAACAUCCACGUGGACAUGACCCAGCUGUUUGAGUACCAGAAGCAGCUGACGGAGAGCGUGGCGCUGUACGAGCGCCGCAUCGACUGGCUGGCGUCCGGGAGCAGGAGGCUGCUGGGCACGGUGGUGGAGAGGAAUGUGGUGUACCUGAUCGACACGUCCGUGUCCAACGUGAACUACCUGAUUCACAUCCAGCAUACGCUGCGUCUCGUCAUGGAGCAGCAGAUGGCCAACAAGGACUACUUCAACAUCAUUGCAUUUGGGAGUGGGGCUCGGCGCUGGAAGCCGACGAUGGUGAAACCGACGGCCCUCAACCUUCAGGAUGCAUGGAACUGGGUGUUGGCCCUGCAGUGUGGUGGCAGUAGGAACUUCAUGUCCGCCCUCCGGCUGGCGGUGGAGAAUGAGGAGGAGGACAAGCAUGGCGUCCGUGUGCAAGGCGUGUAUUUAUUCACUAGUGGUGUGCCAGACCAGCAGGGAACAGUUGUCUCCUCCUUCAUAGAGGAGGCCACCAUUGGACGGAACUUCAGACUACACAGCAUCCUGUUCAAUGUUGAUGAUUAUGAUGUGAAUGGUGCCAUCCCUGGUCGCUAUGCCAACAUCACACAUACAGCAGAAUGUCUGCGGACAAUGGCACAUUGCAGCAAAGGCCGCUUCCACUGGUUCCGGGAAACAGGUAUCAUAGAGAGCGAUGAUAUUCAACUUGUCAACUCUGAGGUGGACAAAGCGCUCAACUUCUCCCGUAAAUGUGCCAUGUUGGUGGACAAUGUGAAGAAGAAGUACAGAAAUAGAUUUCAACAUCCAUACAUGGAGCAGAUCAAGGCUUUGGCCCCGCCAGACUCCGACUACUACAAGGGAGAGUACAGCACCAACGCCCUCCCCCCUCCUCCGCCCAGACCCUCCACCUCCCGCACCAGGACCAGACAGAUUACGGAGGGACAGAAGGAGAGCUGGGAUGCGUCGCCCAACACGACCAGGGCCAUCAAGUGGCGCCCCACCAGUGCAUCCAGUGCAAGGGAGGUGCGCUCAACACCCAGAUCCCAGAGAGAGCGCCCCAUGUCAGCCAAGGAUCCCAUGCAGAGAGUGAAGACAGCGCCCCGGAGGAUACAGUCCGCCCACUUUUUCAUGGACACCAAGCAUGACAUGGGGGCUGUGUAUACCAAGUAUCAGAACACGAAGGUCAACAGGAAAAGCAUCGGUCGGACUCAGAUACCGGAAAACGAAGAUGCCGUCUCAUCUAAGGAGUGGCUGCGCUUGUUUGGCCUGGGGAAACUGAAGCUCGACCUUGCCAAGAUGGUGUCAGGCCCUGACUGUAAACACAAAGAGAAGUCUGUCAAGUCUCUUCACAAGAAUGUGUCAGCAAAAUACUGUGACAUCUUCCCCUCCAUCAACAUCAAGGGCACCAUCAAGCACCUGCAGCUACUGCCACACGAACUGAAGGACUACGAAGAGCAACUGGAGAAGGUCCUGCGGCGAUACAUCAAACGUCUGCAGUGGCUUCUCAAUGGUAGCCGGCGUGUGUUUGGGUCGAUCAUCGAGAAGCGUUGCGUGGUGCUGAUUGACACCUCGGGCUCCAUGAACCCCUUCAUGGAGGAGCUGAAGAAGGAGAUGGCCGCUCUCAUCUGGGAACAGCUGCAUCGCCUCCGGAUCAAAUUCAACCUCAUCAGUUUUUCUGGGACGUGUGCCAAGUGGAAGAGCAGCAUCCAGGAGCCUACAGAAGAGAACUGCCAUGAUGCAGUCAAGUGGACGUCCCAGUUGGUUGCCGAGGGCAACACCUGUACCCUGGAAGCCCUCCAGCUGGCAUUCUGUGACCCUGACCUUGACUCCGUGUACCUGCUGACUGAUGGGAAGCCGGACACCAGUACAGCUCUGGUGCUGAAGGAGGUUGGCCGAAUGAACUCCGAUCGGCUAAUCACGGUCAACACGAUAUCCUUCAAGUGCUCAGACAGCACCGCCAACAGCUUCCUGCAUCUCCUGGCCACAGAGACCGGCGGCAGGUACCACCGAUGUCAUGAGGACUUCGAUGCACAUCUUUUUGCUCACAAACUUCUAUCAGAGGGAUUUCAAGAUGCAGAGUACCCCCACCUCCCCAAGUUUGAGGGAGACGAUUUGCGUCGGCUUGGUAACGAGAUUGCCACGUCCAGGAAGUACCUUGCGCAGGCCAGGACAUUCAGAGCUUUGUACAAUGCCAAGACAGCAAGUUCCGAGAAAUCUAAUGAAAAAAUCACGGCCUCCACUCCCUUCCUGGCAGGCCGACCACGGAGUGCUGCCAGAUAGGACCUCCCACACCAACCACAUCAAUGUUGGUGAAAGCCCAGUGAUAUAAAUGGCCAUGCGUCUUCACCAGGAGGAAGUUUUGAUAAGAGGACAACAAGAGGAACAAUGUUGUAGUUACAUUUCAGGAACAUUUUAUAUUAUGCUUUUAUAUCUCUAUAUUUUGAUGUGAAGGCUAUCAUGGCUGUGAAUUUGUAUAUAAUUCAUGUAGAACAUUUGAAUGUAGGAACAUUUGUUUUAAUGUGAGUACAGAUACUGCAAGUGAUGUUUGUAUAGAAUAAUUAAAUGCUAUAUUACAUUUGUACAGACAGAAAUGAUAUUUUUGACAUACUUAGUGCAAAUAUUCCCAUUACUGAAAAUACAGUGUAUAUUACAGAAGUCGUUUGAGGGGCAGGUAACUCUGCAUGCCCACAUGAACAGAUUUUGUUACUGCCCUGUUACAUAUAGUCCAGGCAAGCAGAUAGUCUCCCCGUCCAUUACAUCUACUUGUCUUUGUAAAAACUAUUUAUUUCAUUGUCAGAUGUAUUGUGUAGGAAUGAACACACUUGUUAUUAAACCCUCUCUUAUAUGCCUUAUAUUGAUUAAUGUCAUUUUCUUGAUCCCAGAAAAAAACAUCACUUUUUAGGGAUAGUCACACGCUCAUCAUUUUAAUAAAACAUAAUUAUGUUGUCAUUUUAUGCUUUGAGAAAAUAAACUGCAGUUACUGGUUUGGGGCCGAGAUUCUGGUGGAAGGGUUGAUCCUUUCUUCAUGUAUUUGAACAUUCUUGCUUCUGUCUGAAUCAUUCAGGUCAGUUCAGUUGAGACACCGUUAUCACAGAAACAAAGUAACUGUAUCAAUUUAACACUUUGGAGCUUCUGUUGGCAGUGAGGUGCCUGCCUACCACUACUGCCUUGACGCAAGUGCGCUUCUGGUUGUGUCUAUAAUCAAGUCCUUAUUUACCAACUGUCAACUGUUUAGAGUGGAUAUGUUUUGUGACUAUUCAUGACACUGUCAGGUAAUGUUUAUACUGCAAUGCAAACCCUCCACAACGAGGGGAUACUUGUUAAACUGUUAGUUGUUGACCUCUAUCUACAUAGAAGAAAGCUAAUAAAGCUUGAAACCUGCAA